AUGUUCUCCUUAUCCCAGAGAUUUCAACAUAUAAGUAACCAGGCCUUGAGCUUCGCCAUCUUCGCCGCGGUGUUUGUCGUUGCAACAACCUGGGCACAACUUUACCGGGACAACGUUUUUGAGUUGAGCUCUGUUAUAGGAAAAGUGGAACCCAUUAAUGUCAGAACCAGCCGCUACUAUGGAUCAGUGAACGGUAAACCCAAGGAAAAUAUACGGCUGACUUUCGAUUUGGAUGCAGACUUGACACCUCUUUUCAACUGGAACACUAAACAGAUUUUUGCAUAUGUUACUGCCACUUACAAUGGGAAGUUAAAGAAAGAUGUGAAAAGCGAAGUCACUUUUUGGGAUACCAUCAUCACUGACAAGGCUGAUGCUCACAUUAUAUUGGAAAACAUAAAAUCCAAAUACACCAUUUGGGAUUUGGAGGAUAAGAUUUCGGAGAGAGAGCUUACUUUCCAUCUACAUUGGAACAUCCAACCUUGGAUUGGCACUCUGGUGUAUGGAGAGACGACAGGACAAACAAUGGUGACCAUCCCAGAGCGCAAAGUACCCCCCAAACAAACUAAGAAAGCAGCAGCGGAAUCGGUAGCCAAGUGA